CAAUAUAUCGAGAAGUGACUGAUCUAAUCUGGCUAAUGAUCGUAGGAGAUGUUUCACACACUGUUCUGAAAUGUGAUCUGGUGUGGAUGCAUGACCGAGCGCCUUCAGCUAAAUGAGUUACUAAAACUAAUGUGAUCAGCAUCCAAAGUCGAACACUUACAGAGCUGUUGAUUUUGGCGAUUUAUUUACAGCUACACAGUCAGUAGCCUUCUGUCCUUACCAGACAAAUCUGAAUCAUAAUCUAAUACAUCUUAUAAAUUUUGCGCUACUACACUACAUUUUAUAGUUUCGGCGCGAUAACGUUAUGGAUAAUAAUAAUGAUGAUGCUCCAUUAGAAACGUCAUUUAAGGAAUUUAAGAAAAAGAAAAUAUAUCUAACGGAAAACCUUAAAAGUGUUUACCAAGACGGUAUUCGAUCGUUGAAACGUAAACAAAAUCGCAAGAAUGACCCUAGAUUUGAUCCCAGAGUUGAUGGUAUUUGUUAUGUUGAUGAUUGGGAAUUUCUAGAAGAUGAAAGAGCGAAAACCUUAAAAAAACUGAAAAAAAUGCUGCGUCAGAAUUUAGACUCGGACAAACGUAAGGAAGUGAUGGAUGCGUUACAUUUGGUAAAACAGCGAAUAGCAACGGCAAAAGAUAGAAAAUUCCGUAAACAAUUCAUGGAUAAACUGCAGAAGGAACAAAUUGAAAACUUGGAAUCAGGGAGACCUAUUCGCUUUAUUCCUCGAGCGGAGCUCCGUAAACUCGUUCAAAAUGAACGUCUGGCACAAAUGAGCAAACGGCAAAAAGAGCGAUAUUUGAAUAGGAAAAAAAGAAGAUUUACUUCGGAUGAUGGAUAAAUUUGUUUAUCUAUUCUGCAUAUAGUUAUCCUAAAUGAUACCUUGCCCACUGUAAAUUACUGUGUAUUUGUAAAAACAAUCAUCUCGUUCCAACAAUGUUGUAUUCUUUGCCUUCUUUAUUAGUAUCUAUUUUUUUAAUCUACAUUCCAAGCCGCC